AUGAAGUUCACCGCCGCCAUUAUCACCUCGCUUCUGGCUACGAGCGCAGUGGCUUUUGACAAGUGGCAGCCUUGGGGCAAGCGUGAUUACUCUUGCGUGAACGUCUACCAGGGCAUUCCCGACUACUCGACCGUGACCGCUGGUCAGACCGUCCACCUGCGCUUCAACCGCAAGCCUACCUCUCACUGCGCCGACCCUUUGAACAAGUACCCCGCGGACAAGUACAGCGUGUGGCUGUACAACAACCCCGUCCGUAACCUGGACACUAUCAACUUCGACAAGCGGAUCCAGAUCGCCAGUGGUAUUUCCGGAUCCACUGGUGUUGUCGAUGUGACUAUCCCCAAGAAUCUGCCCCAGGUCAAGGAUGGUUCGGUCUGGUACUUGAGAAUUGACACUUCGCUUUCGACUGCUCCCCAGAUGCCUAGCAUCUACAACGCUGCUGGACCGUUUACAAUUACCGCUUAG